AUGGCCUCGGAACAAACACCAGAAGCCAAAGAGCUGGCCCUGGUGGCCAAGGUUGAAAUGCGCAUUGCCCUAGCCAGCACAGAGAAGAAGCUCGAAGAGUUGCUCAACACCUAUCUGGCUCCACUCCUCCUCAAACUUGGCUCCGACAGUGUAGCCGUAAGAAACAAGGUCAUCUCCAUUUGCCAUCAUGUCAAUACCCGCAUCAAAUCACAAGACAUCAAGCUCCCAGUCCGCCCUCUGCUCAAGCAAUACAAGGAACAUGGCCAUGUUGCCCUCAUACGACACUUUGAUAUCCUCUACAUUCAACAAGGCAUUUCUCGACUUGCAGUAUCAGAAAGACUCGAAAUCCUUCCCAUAUUGCUCAAAGGUAUUGCCAAUGACUAUCAAAAGUCUGCACAGCACGCCUCCCAGCUGUUCCAUUUGAUACUGCGCCUCCUGGUCCACUUCAAGCUCCCUUUACGUGCAAGUAAAGACGAUGAUGAGCUCAGGUCUACUUUGGCACUCUCCGACGAGGAUGGGGCCUUUUUGUCCAAGUGGUUUGGCAAGCUCCUUCUUUUCAAUCCUGUGCGCCAAAGUGGCCCCGAGACCGCUGUCUCACCCUCAUGUCCUGGCCUGUCUGCCGAGGAGUACAAGUUCUUGACACAGCAAGGACGACCAGAUGCAUGGGACCCAAGCUCUGAUGCGGGACUGAACUUGACAGAGACCAAGGCCUUGGUAACACGGUUCGUAGCCAGCGGUCUUUUCAACGAUGACGAGAAAUUCUUCCCCGCCUUGUUCGCCUCUGCUGACACCAACUCUCGCAUCUCUGAAGCUGGUGAGGAUACUUUCAAGCGGGUUCUACUAUCCAAAGAUCUCGAGGACCCAGACAUGGUUGAAGCUCUUUUCGACCUUUACUUCGGAUCACAGGAUGGAUCGUUGCCGGUGAAAACACCUUUGCGUAUCAGGAUCCUGAACGUUUUGGCUAGAUCUGUAAAGGCGACAGAAUAUCCACUUCAGAUAGCGAUGAUAGUCGAACAAGGCUUACUGUCUGUUGAUCAAAGCACGGCGAGCAAGUCGGCGGGACGUGAAGCUACUAAAUUCCGAUCCGCCAUCUUCUCCUUGGUCAACUUCGUCGCUCGACGUGGGUCCGUCACAGACCUCUCGAGAAUCGCAGAAAGCCUGGUCGCUAAUCUACGAGGCUUUGUACAAGAUCAAGGAUGGCCUGUUCCGGAUCGUGAUCAGGAUAUGGAACUGCGUGGCUACGCCUACGAAACGAUUGGCCUUUUGGCAAAAGCUGCGCCCGAGAAGAUCCUCAUAGAACCAUCGCUGGACUUGCUGGAAUGGCUGUUCCGGUCGCUGAGGGAAGACUCCGCAGGCAAAGAUGUGGCCGUCAGCAUCGAAGAGGCUCUCUCGUCGGUACUAGGUGCUUUCACAAAGCCGUUUGAACCUUCAGUAAAGCACCCAUUCAGGAAGAUUUUACUGCGGUAUGCUUUGCUCGAUAGGCCUAAUAUGCCCGCUUCCGAUCGAUUUACAAGAAGCACGCGCUACGUCGCUACUCGCUUUGCAAACCGUUGCCUACCCUAUGAUGACGUGCUGGCACGCUGGAUAGACAUUCUCGCCAUCAGCGGAGGUGCUUCCGAAAGACAUGAAAUAGUCGAGGAAGGCCGUCGCGGCUUGGAUCCGUUCUGGUUCAGAAUGUCGAACACGCCGCCAGGUGAACGUGAGAGAAAUGAACUAAAGUUCCCCGACUUCAACAAGUUGGUCAACUUCAUCAUAGUUCAAGAGGGUGAAGCCGAAGACGAAGACCCAAUGGAUAUUGAUCAACCAAUUGAUGUCCUUCAUCAAACACAAAGGUUCCAUGAUCAGUAUCCCGGCACGCUUCCGAUUGUUAUCACCUUCUGUUCUAAUGUUGCCAUGCAGACGGCGUUAGCCGACAAAGGAUUGAGCAACGAGAUCCCAGAGGAUUGGGGAAGAAAACUGGAUACACAAAUGACCACAGAGUUACGCGCACGACAAGCGUUUCGUUCUUUUGCCACACAACCAUCCCAUUUCAAUUCCCUAGCUAUGCUGUUACGAGCUAGCUUUGACAGACUUACACGAGAUCAUGUCAGCGACGUUGGAGAUAUUGGGACUACAUUUGUGAGGCUGCUAUCUCUAUUAUCGCCAAAACAUUGGAUUCUUGCAAAGCUCGUUCGUGACAUUCGCGCCCUGGAGCCUUCGGUUUGGUCGAAUAACCCUAGUCGGCGGCUCGCAGCUGCCCACGCCUAUGGCCUAUUGGCAUCGCACGACACAAUCGAUGCCGAAGCAUUAGAAAAGUCUCAAGUUACGUUCUUUGAGAAGCUGGAUACUUGGAAGACUGCUGUGGGUGGUGAUAUCAACCAGAUUAGUGGUAUCAUUCUCGCACUUGCAUAUUACUUUAGCAGGGCAUUUUGGAGGGCCAGAGCGGCCUCGGACGCUAUCACUGACGAUCAUCCUGUACAUCGACUGCUUGGAGCUCUCAUAGAUAUCAUGAAAGAGUCUCGAGACGCUACGUUGAGAGAAGCAGCUUUUGCGAGUGUAGAUCAACUCAGCCUAUUCCAUGUCAUCACACCAUCGAUGAUCUCGAAAUAUGCAAAGUUUGAAGACGUCGCACAACAAAUAUACGAGCAUGCAAGGACAGGUGCCACAACUGCAAUAGUGGCUCUGGGUCGCCUUUCCAUGAUCACCGAAGAGACGGAUUCUGAGGCUGAGAUGGACUCCGAGCAUGCGGUCAUAGGCGAGAAGUUGUAUGAACUUCACGAAGUUCGCCAGCCAGAAGUCCAGUUCUCCGUCGGGGAAGCUCUGAGUUGCUUUGCGAUCGGCUGGGAGUCAAAGGCCCUCGUAGCAGAGCUCGACAUGCUACACCCAGAUCAGCUGCAAGAACCUUGGGAUGUAGAACUGAAGACGCCUUCCGGUCCGACACGCGAAAAGACAUUCAAAGCCGUAUUGGAGAGGACGCUCAAAGGAUGCGUGCAAACCAAGCCCUCACUCAAGAAGGCUUCGGUCAUUUGGCUAUUGUGCUUGCUGCAAUAUUGCGGCCACAAAUCCGAGAUGCAGGGCCUUCUUGGACAAUGUCAGAUUGCUUUCAAGAACUGCUUGUCUGAUCGCGAUGAGAUUGUCCAGGAGGCUGCUUCGAGAGGACUCGGGCUAGUUUACGAGAAAGGUGAUCGCCAACUCAAGGACGACCUUGUUCGAGACUUGGUAGGUUCAUUCUCUGACAACAAAUCGAAAAUGUCGGGCACUGUGUCCGAGGACACACAACUCUUUGAGCCUGGAGCACUACCUACAGGUGACGGUUCCAUCACGACCUACAAGGAUAUUCUUAGUCUGGCAGCUGAAGUUGGCGAUUCGAGUCUCGUAUAUCGCUUCAUGUCAAUGGCAUCCAACAACUCUAUCUGGUCGAGCCGAGCUGCUUUCGGUCGCUUCGGACUAAGCAACAUCUUUUCGGAUUCCAGUGUAGAUGGCUACCUAGCCCAGAACCCAAAACUGUAUCCUAAGCUCUAUCGUUAUAGGUUCGAUCCGAAUACUAAUGUACAGCGCUCCAUGAACGACAUCUGGAACGCGCUAGUCAAGGAUUCUUCAGCAACAAUUGACAAACAUUUUGAUGCGAUCAUGGAUGAUCUACUCGUCAGUAUCUUGACCAAAGAAUGGCGUGUUCGUCAGGCGGCUUGCGCAGCGAUUGCGGACCUAAUCCAGGGUCGUAGCAUUGACAAGUACGAAAAGUACCUAACAGAUAUCUGGGACAAAACCUUCAAGGUAUUGGAUGACAUCAAAGAAACCGUGCGUGUCGCCGCUGCAGCACUUGCUCGUGUCUUGACUACUACCUUGACUCGCUCACUCGAAGCCGGAGAUGGAUCUAUGAAAUCAGCUACAGCGCAGCUCACACGCGUGCUUCCAUUCCUAUUCUCCACAUCUGGGUUGGAAUCUUCCGCUGAAGACGUGCGCCUCUUCUCGGUGCACACACUUCUUCAAAUUGUGAAGAAGAGCAACGGAAAGACGCUGAAUCCACACGUGCCCGAAUUGGUAGAGCGUCUGCUAGGCCUGCUCAGCUCACUGGAGCCGGAAGCUGUCAACUAUAUCCACAUGAACGCCAGCAAAUACAAUCUGACGGAGCAAAAGAUCGAUGAUAUGCGUCUUCAGAGUGUGCGAUCGUCCCCACUAACAGAGUCACUGGAACGCUGUCUCGACCUAGCAGACGCAGACACAAUGAAGGCCCUAGUUCCGCGCAUCGAGGCCGCAAUGAAGAGUGCAGUCGGCCUACCGUCAAAAGUAGGCUGUUCGCGAAUCCUCGUCACGCUCGCAACACGGCACAGGUUCCUAUUCAAACCGUACGCCGACGGCUUCUUGAAACUCGUACAAAAGCACAUCCACGACCGCAACGAAACAGUAUCCAGUUCCUACGCCGCGGCCGCCGGCUACCUCGCCCGCCUAGCUUCGGACAAGCAGAUCCUAGCCACCAUCGACUUUGUACGCAAACUCUACUUUGACUCUGAAGAAAACAGCGACAGAAAUCGGGUGCUGGCAGGAGACAUGAUGCGUGCCUUGUCCCUCCACGCCACCGAUCGCUUCACCGCUUUUGCCGCAGACUUGCUGCCCUUUGUCUUCCUCGCCAAACACGACGGCGACGAGCAGACGCGCAACCUCUUCACCGCGACGUGGGACGACCACGUCGCCGGACCCCGUACCGUAUCCCUCUAUCUCACCGAGAUCCUCGCCCUCGUCGACACCCACCUCGAAAGCAGACAAUGGGCCAUCAAGCACACGGCCGCAAAGUCAGUCGCAGACCUCAUCUUGCAAAUCACAAACGCAGUCGGCAGUCAGACAAUGGAACCCAGCACCGCCAAACUCAUCUGGCCCGUUCUAGACAAAGCCCUGAGCGGCAAGAGUUGGGAGGGCAAGCAAGUCGUGCUCGAGGCGUUUGUGCGGUUUGUCGAGAGGAGUGAGGGGUGGUGGGGGGAAGAGGAGGGGGUGGCGAGGCAGCUUGAGAGGGUUGGGGCGAGGGAGGGCAAGAGGCACGAGGGCAGGAAUGAAAGGCUUGUUGCGCGCGUUUUGGAGAGGCUGGGCGCGCGUUUGGCGGCCUAG